AAUUCUGUUUCCCUUAUGAUGACUUGCCUUCUAAAUAGUCAUUUUUAUAAUUGAUAGAUUGAUAGAUAGUCUUGAGUGCAGCUGCUACUUUUUUCUUCUGCUCAUGUGUUUAUUUGGAUUUUUUCACCUUUGUGAAUGAACUGUAUACAUGGUGGUUCUCAGACUUGUUAAUUUGUUGAAGUUACAUCUGUCAUGGAUCUGUCAUCCAUGGAUAAUUCAACAUAUUUCACAAACGUUAUUUUGACUGGCUACAUUGAUAUUGGUGAUAUUAAGUAUUUGUGUUUCGUUGUUUUGAUCUUGUUGUUUGCUGCAAUCAUUGUAGCUAAUCUGUUUAUUAUUGGAAUAAUAUAUAAGGAGAAGUCUUUGCAUGAACCCAUGUAUGUUUUUUUAUGUAGCCUGUGUGCAAAUCAACUGUGCGGCAGCUUUGCUUUAUUCCCGUUUGUUUUAGGCAAUAUGCUACGGUCAAAAACCCCAGAAGUUCCUCUCACUGUUUGUCAUGCUCAGAUAUUUGCUUUGUACACUUAUGGACAGGUAGAAUUCUGUAAUUUAGCCAUGAUGUCUUAUGACCGCUAUGUAGCUAUCUGUCACCCUUUGGAAUAUCACAGAAUCAUGUCUCCUGCCAGGACAAUGACACUAAUUGCUCUUGGGUGGUCGCUACAAAUUAUCAUAUUCUCCCUUUCUUUUUCUGUCAACGUACAGCUCAAACUGUGUGGAAAUGUUCUGGAUAAAGUGUGGUGUGACCAGUACAUGCUUGUGAAACUGGCAUGCUCAGACACAACACCUAACAACAUCGCUGGCAUGACCGGCAUCGCAGUUACCAUUGGCGCACCACUGCUAUUAAUUCUGUUCUCAUAUGCAAAAAUUUUAAGAGUGUGCCUAAAGUUCAAAGGACAAACAGCCCAAAAGUCUCUGUACACAUGUAUUCUGCAUCUCAUCUCACUGCUGAAUUUCGCUGUUGGUUGUUCGUUUGAGCUGAUCCAAAGCAGAUUUGGUAAGCUUCCCAUGCCUGCUGUAGUGCGUGUGAUUCUCUCACUUUAUUUCCUAGUGUGUCCACCAUUGUUCAACCCUAUCAUGUAUGGCGUAAGGCUUGCUAAUAUAAAAAAGGCACUUAAAAAAAUGAUUUGCAUGUAGGCUAGAAAAAUAUACCGAAGAAUUUGUGAAAUUCUGUAGGUGCACACAAAAAGGUUGCAUGUAUUUAUAAAAAUAAAAGAUUAACUAAAGAUUAAGAUAAUACUAUUAUUACUAGGAUUCUGUGCUAAGUGUUUGAAAAUGAUAUAAAAUGAAACAAUGGUGAUUUCGACAUAUUGUGCAUGAUCUUUUGGUGUUCUUUUCAAAACGUAAUAAAAAUAUAGACCUUUAACAAAAUAUUAUGUUA